AUGUCCAAGACCCCUAAGGUUCAAACCAGCUCAAUGAGUUCAAACCCAAAGAAAUCUAAUUUAAAGAAAACAGUCCCCAACUUGGAUCCUGGUUCACCUAUUUUGCAUUCAAAUGAAGGUUCAGCAUCUGUUAAUGCUCCUGCUCCAUUAAUCCAGAAUGAUUUACAAAAAGAUUUAAUUUCCACAACAGAUGAUUCAGCAAUAGGAGAUAAGCAUAGUGGAGCAAAGAAAAAUAAGAAUCAAUCUGAUUAUCAUCAUUAUCCCGAGAAAAAUGGAGCAAGUCCAAUCAAAGGACAUGAUCUUAUAGUAAAGGCAGGUAGCACCAAACCUAUUGUCUUUUUCUUAGAUCGAGUCACAAAUGUUGCUUCCGUUUCAGAUGCAUUGAAAUUAUGCAUAUCAAAAUUACAAGAAUUUAACGAUACCAUGCCCAAUGAUCAACAGAAGAUUGAAAUUAUCGCCCUUGAAAUGAAGCCUGAAAAUAAAUCUCUGAAUGAUCAAGAAGAUACACCCAAAAAUUCUGAAAUGAAAUCUAUCUCCGGUUUAGCUAAUUCCAUAAUUGCGAAAAUCAGGCCCAUUUUUGAAGCAAAGGGUGUUGAGCUUCCUACAUUCACUGAAGCUAACUAUCAAACCUUCUUUGCACACAGCAAUCUCACAUUUAAUCAAGCAAUUGAUUUGGAUAAAAAUUGUUGGAUUUCCAAUGGAAUCCAUUGCAUAUUCUAUGCUGCUUGCUACUCCAUUGCCCGUUUAAGGAAGAAUAUGGACAGCAUAAUGCUACACCGUCGUAUUGUUAUCAUGGAUUCGCAAAUGGAAUCUAGGCUUCAGAAAAUGAAUCAAAAACUUGAUUCACUUGAGCAAUCAGUUAAUCAAAUUAAAGAUGACCAAACGACAAUGAAUCAAAAACUUGGAGCACUUGAGACAUCAGUUAAUCAAAUUAAAGAUGACCAAACGACAAUGAAUCAAAAACUUGGAGCACUUGAGACAUCAGUUAAUCAAAUUAAAGAUGACCAAACGACAAUGAAUCAAAAACUUGGAGCACUUGAGACAUCAGUUAAUCAAAUUAAAGAUGACCAAACGACAAUGAAUCAAAAACUUGGAGCACUUGAGACAUCAGUUAAUCAAAUUAAAGAUGACCAAACGACAAUGAAUCAAAAACUUGGAGCACUUGAGACAUCAGUUAAUCAAAUUAAAGAUGACCAAACGACAAUGAAUCAAAAACUUGGAGCACUUGAGACAUCAGUUAAUCAAAUUAAAGAUGACCAAACGACAAUGAAUCAAAAACUUAGUAAACUUGAUUCACUUGAGCAAUCAGUUAAUAAUAUUACCCAAAUGCUGACCAAAUUAAACGCACAAUAUGAAACAAAUGAUAAGAUCAUUCAAUUUGUUGCCUUUGGAUACCAUAAAACACAUAAAAAUGAAGGAAACUUCGAAAUAAUGCGGAGCGAACUCACAGAUUAUAUGUGGCCAGAAAACCAGUGA